AUGAGGUGUGCGUUGUGGUGUUUCUGGUGUGCGUUCAUCUGCUCCAUUAUUAACGCAUUCCCCGUUUUUAGAGUGGUGAGCGGCGCCGCGGCCCCGACCAUGCUCACGAGGAUAUCCAGUACUACCAGGGGACGCGUCAGGGGAAGCAACGUCGGCAGCAUGGAAAAAGCAGACGGCAACAGUAUGCGCAAUCUAGCUGACGUUACCCGUCUCAGCGGGCCUGAUAACAGGACCAGGCAAGUGCAAAGCUUUGUGUACAUGGACGCAGCCAAUCCCCAUUCCUCUAGCACAAGUCCGGGAGGGGAUGUUCUGAACAGCAGAGAGGCUUGGACGACGGAAGUGAUCGAAAAUGAUAAACAGGCGGGGCAUCCCUCAAAAAAAAACAACUCUUUUCAGCAGGUACACAAUAUGAUCGAGAAUGUCUUUCUUCUGGAAGAAGCUCAAUCAGUUCGACUCGACAAUGACUGGCGGCUGAUUGAAGAGUCGUGGCAAAUGGUCGAGCUUUUCCAGAAGGAGCCUGCCAAGUAUCUUGCCAGUGGUUUUCAUUUGAAGGUUGACGAGGACGGACGCCUCAUUGCAACGACCACGUUACCUUUUUGGAAGGUUGAUCUCGCUGGCACAAUGAGAAGUGUUGCAGCUGUAGCUGUGAGGCAACAGCUUGGUAUGAACCUGCAACGCCGUAGGCCUUUUCGAAUCACGGCACGGAAUGGAGGCAUCGAAAUCGGCUACACACCCCUUCCGCGCCGGGCCGCAGUUUCCGUUGGUUAUCGAGACACUACGGUAACAGUGUCUGCCGGAAGACCCCAGCUCAUCCGCAUCCCCGUGGCGGACGGCAAAGCAGGAUUUGACACA